UCCUUACCUACAGAGAAACUGGCUGAAAACUUUAGAGACUAUUUUCAUGCCCAACGGCUAUAGCGCUUAUUUUUUAAACAUAUUUUUAAUAUUAAUAUAAAUCUAUCUUUACAUUUUCAAAGCAGAGGCUCAGCGGCCAUCUUUAAUCAAGGUAAUGUUGAAGAGAACCAAGGUGCUGCAAUCCAGGAGAGUAGAAAUCCUGUCUCUGUUUCAAAGAUACACAGAAGGAAUCCCUACUUUAUCUGCGAGCGCUCUGCUGACGUUCCUCUGUAAGGAACAAAUGGAGCUCGCAGCGAACAAAGACACGGCGGAGGAUCUGAUCGACAGAUACGAGAUCGACGAGGCAGCUAUAGAAAACAGGUGCAUGACGUUCGAAGGCUUCCUCAGGUAUAUGGAGUCCAAAGACUGCUGCGUGUUCAACCGGACUCAUAAGAUGGUGUACCAGGACAUGGACCAGCCUUUCACCAGCUACUUCAUCUCCUCGUCUCACAACACCUACCUGACCGGAGAUCAGCUGGUCGGGAAGAGCCGCCUGGACGCGUAUGUUAGCGCCCUGAGGAAAGGCUGCCGCUGUCUGGAGAUCGACUGCUGGGAUGGUCCAGAUACGGAGCCCGUAGUUUACCACGGCUACACCCUCACCACCAAGAUUUUAUUCAAGGAUGUCAUCAGAACCGUGGAACAACACGCCUUCGAGGUCUCCGCCUACCCGGUGAUUCUGUCUCUGGAAAACCACUGCUGCGAGGAGCAGCAGGAGGUCAUGGCCGAGUACCUGAUGUCCAUCCUGGGGGACAAGCUGUUGAAGUGUCCUUUGGAUCACCCGACCACCGGAGACCUCCCAAGCCCAAAUGACUUGAUGUAUAAGAUCCUGAUCAAGAACAAAAAGCUAAAGUCACAGAUUAGGAGAGAGGACAAGACAGAGGACAGUGCAGAUGAGGGCGAGGAUGCUGAUGAUGAGGAUGAUGAGGAUGAGGAGGAUGAGGACGAUAGCAUUCAACCCAAAGCAAAGUUUUGGUCUCCAAGAAAAAUGAGUUCAAAGAAGAAAUAUGAGUUUAACCUUGUCUCACUUAACGGCACUGAGCAGAAGAAGGUGAAGGUGGCCCAGGCUUUAUCGGACCUGGUGAUUUACACACGGUCUGUGAAGUUCAUCAGCUUCAGCCACUCCAGGGACAAUCAGAACUGCUAUGAGAACACGUCCAUGGCAGAAAAGAAGGCACGCAAGCUCAUCAAGGCCUCAGCUUCCAGUUUUAUUCAGCACAAUCAAAGGUUCCUAAGCAGAAUUUAUCCAGCAGGCUCGAGAACGUCCUCGUCCAAUUACAACCCGCAGGAGUUCUGGAACAUCGGCGCGCAGCUUGUGGCUCUGAAUUUCCAGUCUCCGGGCCUGUCCAUGGACCUCAACAACGGCCGUUUCCAAGACAACGGCGGCUGCGGGUACGUCCUGAAGCCAGCGGUGCUGAUGUCCAGUGAGAAGAGCUUUGAUCCCAGCACCAGCUGCCGCUACCUCAAACCCAUACAGCUGGUGCUCAAGGUGAUAAGUGGGUCCAACCUUCCGGUCAUCAAGUCUCGAAACACUCUGGACCCAUUUGUCCGAGUGGAGAUUCAUGGGAUUACAUUCGACUCCCGCAGUAAAAGCACUCACACUGUCAAGAACAAUUCUAUGACUCCACGCUGGGACACCGACAUGAACUUCAGCAUCACCGUCCCCGAGCUCUGCCUCGUCCGCUUCUGCGUGCGUGACCAGACGACCCUCUUCAAGAGCGAGUUUGUGGGCCAGUACACGAUGCCCUUCACCAGUUUGAAGAAAGGCUACCGCUGGGUGCCUCUCCUGUCCCGACAAGGAUGCAGUCUGGAUCCGGCUUCUCUCUUCGUGUUGGUUUCGUAUUAGUAUCAAUCCAAGAUGGACUCUCUCUCACACAAAAAGUUUAGAUACAACGAUGGAUGGAUUAUCUAGCACCCAAUAAGAGCAACAAAAUAUCAAUAAUUAAGUUACACAAUGCAUGAUUUUCUGAUAUAUAAAUAUAAAUUUUAUUGACAAAAUAUGUAAAUGUCUAUUUUUACUGAUGGCUAACAGUUACAGAAAAAAGAAAAGAAACUGAUUGCGUACUGCUUGAAUUUCUUUGGUAAUCAAUAUUAAUCCAUAUAUUAAAUCACACAAAUUUUCGUCCAAUAAUCACCUUGAACAUGAACUACAAAAACAACAAACUUGAGCUUCAUGUUUUCUUGGAGCCUAAUCUCAGGCUGAAUUCAUUAAAACAAUUCUAACUUUAGUUUGAGUCUUUUCACUAGAGAGGAAAAAAAAUCCCACGUUAAGAAAUUACUGCUUUUAACAAAAUCACAGUUAGCACAAUUACUGUCCCCAGCAUAAAUCAGUUUCACAUUUUUAUACUUUUAAGUGAUUCACAGUUUCAAUAAACUUCCUUAUUGGGGUUUAAAUAAUAAACGACAAGAGGGACAUUUCCUUUAGCAGUUAGGCUGGAUGAAACCUUCAUCAAAUCUCCAUGACAACCAAUGGGCACAAGUUGUUAGGCAUUUAGAUAGAAAAAAAGGCUCAUCUGUCCCAGUACCAAAAAAAGUAAUUUACAAACUCAGGCAGUUGAUGCAGAAACAAGUAAAAAAAAAAAAAAAAAAAAAAAAUCAGCUGCAAAUGUUCAUUAAUUUGAGGCCUUAAAAUGAAAAACGUAAGGUACAACACAAAGUUUUCAUCUUUAAUCAAACUUUUUUUUUUUGCUUUUAAUUUAAUAAGUUGGUGAUUUGAGCUGAAAAAACAUUUGGUGAAUUUUACUGAAAACUAAACUUGAGCUCAACCAUUGAGUGAGCUGAAUGUUGUUGCUGAAAACACACACAGAAAAAUAUAGACAAAGAUCAUCAACCCCAAAUAUUUGGAACAUUGAAUGUUUUUUUUUUCUUGUCUUUUUAACUGCGCAGCCCAGCCCGUUACCUAGCAACCCCAGCAGAGUUCCGCCCAUUACCUAGCAACCCCAGCAAAAUUCCGCCUGUCACCUAGCAACAGAAGCGACGCUCCUGCAUGUUUUGUGCAAUUUGCUGUUGACUUACCAACCAGAAAACACUGGCUGCAUUCUUGUUAAUUGUGCAGGAGGCUCAACUUCUGCUGUUCAAAGAUAUACAGUUGUAUAAUUGUGCUUCUGCUUGCUACCAUUUUUAUGUGCAAGUGUAAACAUCGAGUUGGGGGGCGUUGCCAGCAGCUUGUUUGGAUUUAAAGUGACAAGAGGUCCUACAACAGAUCUGAGCAGACAUAAAACUCAUCAUCAAAGAAUGAUUUUGUGCAAAAAUGUAAUGAACUGCAUAGACAUGUCCUAACCCGUUAAAGGAAGUAAUAUGUCACCUUUAAAAUACUGUGUGGAAAAAAGAGAGAGAAGUUCAUAUAAAGUAACUUAAUGAAAAGAAAAACUAACUUUUGUGUCCCUGAGUAUUUUCAACUUGAUAUUUUUAGCAAAACGUUUGGACACUGCUGACCUAGGGAGACUGUGUGUAGAAGAAUAGUAAAAAAAAACUUGCUCUCCUUUCUGCUUCAAAACAGAAAAGUGUCCUAUUGUCAAAUGGUCUUUUACAGUAACUUAAAAAAAGACAACAUUUAUUUCUAAACACAGAUUGUUUUUCCUCCCCGCUGAGUAAAGGUCGACUUCAUGUAAUGUUUUCAGUGAGAUUAUGCUGCUGCUGCGGCUGCGGCAACAGAUACGUUUAUUUUAGAGCUUUUAACACCAGAGGUGCCAACAAAUGUGUCUGUGUUCUGUUGCUUUCACAUAUCAGGGCUGACAGUGGUGAGUGACACAGAUUUUAAUAACGCUACAUGACCGCAGUCAUCAAAAAAUAGCAACCAGUUCCAUUUCCAUUCGAGAAACCCGUCAGGGAAUAUUAUAAAUAGUCUCCAAAGAGGUAUAUACAUUAUUGAGCUGAAUCCAGUGCAGGGAAGUCUAUUUCCAUCUCCGUUCGUCACUAAAUCCUUUAAAUGAGGUAAAAGGAAAGUACGGGUCAGCAGGCCUGUCAGGACAGGAAUGGCAUCAAGAUAACACGAAGACCCAGUUUGGCCCGGCAGGAGCGAGUGUGCAUGUCGGUCAGAGUCGGUGCUCUGGUUGCCUCUGCGUGAACAUGCGCGUGCCCGGCUGUAUUUAAAUGCCACUGAUGGAUAAAAACAGUGGAUGGAGCGAGAGGGAGGCGGGCUGAGUGUUAACUCGGCCCCUCCGGCCUGAGAUGCUGAGUUGUCAUCCUGCUCACACAGUCGCCUCUAAUUCCACUGGUCAAGGACAUGCAGCCUGGAGGGACCAACAUGCCUGUUCAGGUAAGAAGCAGACAUCUUGACGCACCCCUUCACUCUUAAUCUGUCACAUAAAAACACAUAAAGUCUCUAGUUUGACUCACUUAAAAAAAACAACAACAAAAAAACUAGACAACAAGCAGAAGCAGGGUGCCGGGCAUGGCAGCCAUUUUCAUGUAGGGCAACAUCCAGAUUAUAAAUGUCCCCUAUUUGGAAGAGGCCUAGGGUCACUGAAACAGGAAAACAACAAGAAAAUCUGACUUUAACCUCAGAAUUCUGAAUUUUGACUAAUCUUUUGUGAUCCAAAUUCAAAAUUCUGAGAAAGAAAUUGUCAGAAUUCUGAGAUUAAUGUCAGAAUUCUCUACCUGAUCUCAGAAUUCUGA